GCUAGGGGAUUGCAAUAACUGAUACUUAGGCAUCAGUGGCUAUCCUAUAUAUAGAGAGAGUGCGAGUACUGAGGGUGGGGAGCUGGAGUGGUGCUGGCUUGUUAACUUGCUUCAGGCUUGUUUGCCCCCCCCUUCUUUCUGGUUUCUAUCCGGAGGGUCCAGUUGGCGUGGGUGGUUUCUGCCCUUUGCUUCCUUCUUAGCCAUGCCGCCCAAGAAGGGGGUGGGUGUGAGUAAAGGCAAGCAGCCUGCUAAACGCCCCGCUGCUGGGCGCGGGUUGCCUGCGUCCUCAUCUGAUGAGGAUGAGGGGGAAGCUGCAAGGCAAGAAAUUCUGGCCAAGUUGGCUGCUCUUGAGAGAAGUAAAGGGGCGGGCUAUGGGCAGCCUGCUGCCUCUAGGGCGCAGAGGGCCUCUAAGCGGGUCUCCUCUGCCACUUUUCAGAGGGAUGUCUUAAAUCGUCUGUCCGCUCUUGAAGGUUCCGUGGAGGCGGCCGGUGCAGCGGAAGGUCGGUCUGGUGGCAGUGAACCUGGAGGGGCCGUGGAGCUGGAAGCACAGGCUACCACGGAGUCAGCGGAGGAGCCGCCUGUUGCGGUGGUAGUGGACCAACCGGAAGGGGAUGGUGCUGUGGUUCGCCGAGGGAGGUGUCGGAUCCUCAUCUGCGGACACAGUAUGAUUUUUUGGGCAGCGCAUCAGGCCAAGAGGACCCCGUGGGGGUCUCAGCUUGGCCUUAGUCGUUGGGCCCAGGUUGAGUGGCAGGGCCGUCGGGGCCUGCGUUGGCCGGGCCUGUUGCCGCUCCUGUUUGAGGGGCGGUGUUCCCCGCCGCCGGAUUUCUUAGUUAUCCACCUAGGUGGCAACGACUUGGGCUGGGUUAAGGGUAAGGCCCUUACUAUGCAGGCACAGGCUGACUUAAAGUUCAUUGCUAAGCAAUGGCCUGGUGUCCUCAUCAUUUGGUCUGCCAUCCUCCCACGCCGUAUUUGGCGGGAGGCUUUGGAUCACGACGCUGUUGAGCGCGCUAGGCGCAAGGCCAACAAAGCUAUGUUCAAGGCAUUGUGUGCAGGGCUGGGGAUUUAUUUGCCCCACCCUCGGAUUCGUGACACGUAUGCCAACCUCUACAGAGGUGACGGCAUUCACCUGUCCGUCCAGGGUAAUGAAAUAUUUCUGACCGAUUUACGGCAAGGGUUGUUGCUUUCCCUGCAGGAGUUGUGGGGCGUCAGGGCCUAAGCAGAGGCUUGGCCCUGUCGGUGGCAGGUUAGUUGGGGUAGGCAGUGCGGGCCGGUGGGCACCCGGUGGCAUUUCCCCAUUGGUGGGGAAUGGGGGCCUGUUACGGAUCAGCGGCGGGCUUUACGGCUGCCAGCAGAGAGGGCAGGCUGCCCUGGGUCCCCCUGGAAAAGGCCUUCCCUCGGGCUUUACGGCUGGGGUGUAUGGUGCUUUAAAGGGGGGAACCAUUCGCCUGGCCGGCUGGGUUACAGCCAUGCAUGCAUGGCUCGCACCUGGGGCAGGGGGUGCUCGCCCAUGCAGUUCGAGGAGCAGGUCUGGUUGACCCCUCGCUCUAACUGUACCGCUAGUUACCCUUGCCGUUAUUAUGCUGUUAGGUUAUUCAAUUAUAAAUAAAUCGGUCAGAAAUGGCCCUGUUUUUACCCAAGCCUUGUGUCCGUCUCUUUGUUCCAAAUGGGAGGGCAAAUCGGCACCUCCCGGGGGCGUGCGCGCGCGCUUACCCGGGUGCCGUCCUUUGCCCUCGCGCCUGGAAAAAGCGGGCGGACCUCCCUGCAUCCGGGGAUAUGGGGAGGCGUGGCCGGCAGUUUCGAGCCGGCCCCUGCCUCCUCUGUGGCGCAGUUGACUUUGCAAGCUCGUCCCUCCCACCACUCCCUUGUUUGCAGCAGUACAGGUUUUGCCGGUCGCCGGUUUCGGGGCCAGGUAGGAAUUUUUUCGCCCUUCGCCUGUUUGGCUGUUGGUGAGGGGUGUUUUUUGCCUACCUUGUACUGCUGGGGUUAGAGAUAGGCUGUUUAUAGUUGGCAGGUUAGUUGGGGUAGGCAGUGCGGGCCGGUGGGCACCCGGUGGCAUUUCCCCAUUGGUGGGGAAUGGGGGCCUGUUACGGAUCAGCGGCGGGCUUUACGGCUGCCAGCAGAGAGGGCAGGCUGCCCUGGGUCCCCCUGGAAAAGGCCUUCCCUCGGGCUUUACGGCUGGGGUGUAUGGUGCUUUAAAGGGGGGAACCAUUCGCCUGGCCGGCUGGGUUACAGCCAUGCAUGCAUGGCUCGCACCUGGGGCAGGGGGUGCUCGCCCAUGCAGUUCGAGGAGCAGGUCUGGUUGACCCCUCGCUCUAACUGUACCGCUAGUUACCCUUGCCGUUAUUAUGCUGUUAGGUUAUUCAAUUAUAAAUAAAUCGGUCAGAAAUGGCCCUGUUUUUACCCAA